CAGUGCCCAACUACUUCUCCGCUUUGUGUCCUAACUCCCAACCCACGUCUUCUUCUUCGUAACCUUUGUCCUCCUCAAGAUCCCAAACACAACACCAAGUAUUACAAUUCCCCAAUUUCAGACUCACCGGAAUUAAAAAAAUUCUAGCAAAAAAAAAGUGAAAAAUGGCGAGCUUAGUAGAGCAAGAGGGUGAUGCUAGCGAGGAAAUUUUCACUUUGGAGCUACCUGCUCCACCUGGUUGGAAGAAGAAGUUCGUCCCAAAGAAAGCUGGUACUCCAAAAAAAAAUGAGAUUGUGUUCACUGCACCAACAGGAGAGGAUAUCAAUAACAGGAAGCAGUUGGAAAAAUAUUUGAAGGCACACCCUGGUGGUCCAGCUGUAUCAGAAUUUGAUUGGGGCACUGGUGAGACCCCAAGAAGAUCCGCAAGAAUCAGUGAGAAGGCGAAGGCAGCUCCUCCAACAGAAAGCAAACCCCCAAAGAAACGUAGUAAAACAACACCAGCUUCGCAGAAAGAAACUUCCGAGGAGGAAAAAGAAGAGGACACAAAGGAAACGGAGAUGCAAGCAGAUGAUGAAAUCGCUAAGGUUGAUGAAGAUAUAGAGAAGGAAAAUAAUGUGGUAACGGAAAAUCAAGAUGACAAGACUGCAGAGGAUACAAAUAUCAACAAAUCAACUAAUCCUGGAGAUGUUAAAGCUAGAGAAAACGUUGAGGUACGUACUGAUGAGGAAAAAUCCAAUGCUGCUGAUGGAGAACUACACGCAUUGAAAGAUGAAGUUGUUGACAAAGGAACUGAGGGUGCAGUUUCUCUGAGAAAUGAUGAAGAAAAGAUUGGGCAACCACGGGAAGAGACAAAAGAAUAUCACAGGUCUGGGGAGCCAGAGAAAUCUGAAACAUGCAGUACUGCUGACAAAACAGUUGAAGUGGAAGGAGUGAAUACAGAAGAAUACAUCAAAAGUACUAGUAAACUUGAAGAAGUUGAGAAAAUAGAAGGAACGAAAGUGAACAGUGAAGAACAUGACAAGCUUGAUGAUAUAAAUAAGAAGGUUGAAGCUGAGUUGACUGAGAAUGGCAAUCAUGGGAGUUGAACUGGUGAGGUCAAAGCCUGGAGCAGGCAAUAGAUUAAUAAGCUCUAGGCGUCUCCUCAUUCUGACCCUUCUAAAUCUGUUUGAAGAUGACUGUAGUUUUUGUUAAUGUUAUAUAUCUGAUUGUUUAUUGAAACUACAAUAUACAGUUACAGAGCAUAGCCAUGUAAUAUACCAUCUGUGCAUGUAUUGGACAGAUGUGUAGCUUGUAGUUGCUGUUGUCACAUGAGGUAAGAUGUAUGAUAUGAACCUCAAUCAUAUGUAAGGCAGUGGUCCUAAAUAUCCUAGUCUUAUGCUAUUAUGGUAGGUAUUGUCUAAGUAAUUUGGUCCUGGUUGAACAACGGUUCAUAUGGAAUUACCAUUUUCUGUUUCAUGGAUUUGGAUUA